CUUGGGAAACAUGUGGCUGUGGCUUAACUCUUAUCUAGGGAAAUCAACUAGUGAUUGGUAACCAUGGAUAGCGGCUCGACCUCGGGACUACUGCAGUGUUCGUCUAUGGACACAACCUGGAGCGACUGGAUUCUUGACUCGAACUACAAUAAUGUCAACGAAGACGAUUUGGCUGCAGAGAUAUCUAAACUGAACGAUCUGGCAUACCAGACGGACGAUGAACACCUCGUCACUAGCGGCCAGGAGUCGGAUAUAGAGGUAACGUUAGCUGUAGAUCAUAACGUAGAAACAAGCGAACCAACAUACGGAGUAACUAUAGAUACUGUUGACAAAGAACAUACUAAACUUGAUUCUGAGCUUUUUGGAGGCUAUGUGAGUUCUGUUUUACAAUAUUCAGACGUCGACGUUGGUCAGUGCUCCCCGGUUAGCCAGGAAGAUAGGGGUGACGACGCGCUCGUGCAAAACAAUGAGGAGGUGGUUUCACCAAACGACAAGAGAAAUCAGUCAGAGCCAUCCUUACUCCCCCACAUAGUCACCGUCCAGGGCGAGAUAACUGUCCCCUCUCCAAAUGUAACACCUCAGAUAACCAUCCAAGUCGAUUCUCAUGUUUCUCAGAACUCGUCGGACACUGGUAUUGGUCUUUCAAAUGAAGGCGGAUAUUCAUUUCCAUCAGCUGAUGUUGAAAUUGAUGUUCAAACAAAAGAAAAUGCGCCAGGAAGUAGAGGUAAGAGUCGUAAGGUAACUGUUGUCUGUGACAAACAUGAAGAUGUUAUGGCGGUCAGUUACUGUAAGCUGUGUGAUGGGUUAGUUUGUGAAAAUUGUGUCAUAAAUCUGCACGUGGGGCACCAGGUUGAGCCAGUCGCGAACGCCAUAGAGACGAAGAAACAGGAACUUGUCGAAAUGCUUGAUAUCCUGACCGAGAACUACAUCCCAAAGCUGCAUCAACGCAUCAUCUCAAACACACACUUUAGAAAAAGGUAUGAGGAUCGCAUUGACGAGUUAAUGAACGAAGUCAAAACUAGAGAAACAAAACUUCAAAGUCUAUUGCAAAACACCACGGCUGCCCAUAUUGCUACUCUGUCCAAUCACAGAAAAGAUCAGAAGGAAAAGUCCUGUAGGGUGGAGACAGAAUGGGACGAUCGACUAGUCCACAUCCGAGACCUUGUUAAAGAGGGACACACUGUGUGUACCCCGGGCAAGGCUUUCCGCGUGGUCAAGGAUCUGAGUUCUACACUGAAGUCUCUAGACGCCGCGCUCGGAGAACUACACGGAACCAUACAGACGCCGGCAUUGGCACGUAGCGACAUAUCGGAGGAAGUAGUGACCGAUUUACUUGGAGCCCUCACCACGACUGAAGAGAGGAGCGUUGACCUACCACAACAGGAGAAUCUCGAGCUCCACACCACGUUCAAAUUUGCCAAGAAUUCUAUAUGGGCGCUUGAGACGCACGGGGAUGGAUCUGCGUGGAUCGCGGCGCACGAAGAUUCCACGAUUCGUCUAGUGACAAAGACCGGAGUUGUACUAAGGUGCGUCACCCUUUCGGCCAAGGUGUAUGACAUAACGGUCAACGCCGACGGAAAUCUCUUGAUUUCAACCGUCCAUGAUCACCAUGUAUGGCAGCUUUCCUCAAGCCGGGAUAUCAAACGAUUCGUCAAGUUCAAGGACAUGUAUCCCUGUGGUAUGUUUGCUUCGCCGAAUGGUCACGUGUUUGUUGGGCUAGUAGGUGGGGGGCUUCGAGACAAACAUGCAAACAGCAGACAAUUCGUCGUCAAAAUUUCGAGCACAGGCAACGUCUUGCAGAGAUACGAGAAAGACGAGACAGGUAACGCUCUCUACUCCCUUCCUUACAGAAUAUGUGAGAACACAAAUAACGAUGUGUGUGUGGUGGACUGGACCGACCCCGCGGAGGCUCGACUUGUCGUUACUGACCAAACUGGUAAACUCAAUUUCAUUUACACCGGAUUCAAGGAGGAUGCACACGCAUUCCGACCCGGUGGACUCACGUGCACACCCGCGGGUAUGAUUUUGAUAUGUGACAUAUACAAGGAUUUCAUUCACGUGCUGAAUAAAGAUGGUCAGUGCACCAUGUUGUUGAAUUCCGAGAGACUCGGCGGACUGUACGGUCCAUGUGAUCUCAGUUUGGACCCGGACGGAUUUCUGUGGGUCGGUGGAUGUAAAGGUAAUAUCCAGUGUCUCAAGUACAGUUAGUGAUUUCUCCCCGUGAAAACUAGAUUCUGACGAUGAUCUACUACAUGAUCAGUCUAAAUUAUGACGAGAAAUUAAAUUCCUUUAAUAGUUCAGUGACCAAGUGACAUAUUGGUGUAACACUCAAAUGAAACAUAACUGGCAAAAUAUUCAAAGUUUUACUAAAUUUUGACGAGUAAUACCACGCUAAUAUUGGUAUUUACCUAGAGCUUUGCAAAAUAAUGUUAUCAGAUAUGCUGGCGUUACAGUGUCAGGUGUAGUGUGAAGCAGCAGAUCUUCUACAAUGAGUGAUCAAAAUGAUUCAAGAAUGUUGUGAGAAUCAGAAUGGAAAUCCAAAUAAAACAAAAUCAGUUGUCUAUUCUGAAGAAAGGCGAUGAUCAGAAACCGAUUUCUUCUGUACAAUAAUAAACUAGAUAUUUAUUUCUCUUUCUGAUACUUCAGUGUUCUUUUAAUUUAUAAUAAAUGAUUUGUA